UUUCAGAUUGCCAGGACUAUUACUCUUUUGUAUGGAAAACAGAUAGGCCAUGACCACCACUUGCAUGGAUCGGAAUCUCUAUAAUGCUGCAGCAAAAGGCACCAUCACGGAUUUCAAAGAUCAUAGCUUUGAACGGCCACUAGAUGCCUUAUUAACACCAAACAAAAACACAAUCCUCCAUAUUUUCAUCACAGCCCUCGAAAAUCGGAUAGAAUCAACAGAAAAUAACUUCGUGAGAGAUAUACUCAACAUGUGUCCCUCGCUUUUAUGUCAAGUCAAUGUCAAAGAUGAAACUCCAUUACAUGUCGCAGCAAGGGUUGAAGCAGUCAGGGAUAUGCUUAGGAUGGUGAACAAAGAGAAAGACACAGCCUUACAUGAGGCUGUACGUUAUAAUCACCUUGAAGUGACAAAACUUUUAAUCAAGGAAGACCCAGAUUUUUCAUAUACUGUUAAUGAUGCCGGAGAAACUCCACUCUACAUUGCCGUUGAGAGAAACUAUGAAAAAUUGGCGAAGGAAAUUCUGCUCAACUGCAAAUCACCCGCUUAUGAUGGCCCCUUAGGUAGAACAGCUUUGCAUGCUGCAAUUAUUUGGGAUAACAGAGAAACGACUGAAAAAAUUCUGAAAAUAAUUGAAGGAGCCAUAACUAAAAAAGUAGACCAAGAAGGUUGGACUCCAUUGCACUUGGCUGCAUACUUAGAUCAGUCGAAUUCUACAGAGCUGUUGCUAGAACAUGAUUCACAAGUAGCAUACAUGAAAGACAAAGAGGGGAGGACACCUGUUCACAUUGCAGCUCAUCGUGCCAAUAAGCAGCUCAUGAAAAUGAUUAUAGACAGGUGUCCAGAUUGUUGCGAACUGGUUGACAAUAGAGGCUGGAAUGCGUUGCACUUUGCGGUGGAGGGCAAUUGGCCAGAUUCCGUAGUGGGAGUGAUCCUUGAAAAUUCGUCUUUCAGCAAUCUUUUGAAUGAGAAGGACGACGAAGGGAACACUCCUCUCCAUCACCAAUAUUCCCGCUGUUUUGAGAAGGCGAAGAAGAAUCUCAUGGAUCACCCCAGAGUAGAUAAGAUGGCCUUCAACAAAAAUAACCAUAAUGCUUAUCAAGUCACUUUAACUAGUGCAAAGUUAUCGGCAAUAGAGGAUAUCUACCUUGUUCUCUGGGUAGAACUAGAUCGACCUGGUCAUUGCGCAAUAAGCAUGCAGUGCGACCGAUUCAAGCCUGAUGUGGGUUUACAACCCAUGAUUGAGAUUUCACUGCUGCUCUCGGCCCUCUCCCUCGAUUGA